AUGGAUAGGACUGUAAUGCCUCUGAUAAUGGAAGGCGACAGAGCCUUUCUUCCCGAUGAAAUCAUGAUCAACAUUCUCAAAAGACUUCCGGUAAAAUCCCUAAUCCGAUUUCAAUGUGUAUGCAAACAUUGGGAAAAUCUUGUCAAGACACCGUCUUUCAUAGCAGAUCAUCUUGGCCACUCCACUCAUCGGAACCCUUCACUUCUUGUCCAAUGGGGUGGUUACAGGGACUUUGAUUUCCAAUGGGGUCAUUGCAGAAACUUUGAUUUCCAACUGAGUGUGCUGGGUUGCGACAUGCGGGAACUUGAAGUGCAGAAAGCACCUUUGAUUGAUUCCUUUCAGUCCGUAUACGUAGUGGGGUCCAGUAAUGGCUUGCUCUGUCUUCUGGCCGGAGAUGAUAGUAGCAGUGGUUUUGUGCUUGACAAGAAGAGUGAACGAAUAAUUCGAGUGGAAGUGUUCUCACUGUCUACAAAGUCAUGGAAGGAAGUAGAAUUUGGAAACCUGAAGGGUAUAAUUAUUGGCAAGCCUGAAGCUGUUAGUGCCAAUGGAGCUGUGUUUUGGUUUGGGUUCAAGGAACAUGGAAGUUUGGAUAAUUGUUUGAUAGUUUCAUUUGACAUGGCAAAUGAGGUGUUUACAUUGAUACCAAUGCCUCCAGUAAGUUUUUUCAUGAAGAAAAAGCUUACUGUGUAUGAGAAUAAUCUUGCCAUACUUUGUGAGAAAUGGAACGAAGUGACUAUUUGGAAGAAGGAAAUUGUAUGUAAAUCUAAAGGUGAAUGUGAAGUAUAUGAAGAAUCUGAAGGUGAAUAUGAUGAAGAUGAAGAUGUAGACGAUGGAAACGAAAUUGCCCUUUACAUGUUCAAUCCCGCUGCUAAUGAGUUUGAGAUGCAUGUUAAGCUUAGAUAUGACUAUGAAAAUGAAAUUUUCAAUUAUGUGGAAAGUCUUGUAUCAAUAGGCAAUAUCAACAUUGGAGAACCUUGA